AAUGGAAUAGGUUACAAAACGCCACCUAUGGGAUGGAAUCCUUAUAAUGCUUUUCAUUCCAAUUUUAAUGACGUUUUAAUUAAGCAACAUGCGGAUAUUAUAGCUAGUGAAGGCUAUUUGGAAGUCGGUUAUAGAUAUAUAAAUCUUGAUGAUGGAUGGCAAGCACCUAUAAGAAUAGAUAAGAAACUAUAUCAUAAUCUAUUUAAAUUUCCUCUUGGAAUGAAAGAUGCUGGAACUCAAACUUGUGGUGGUCAACCUGGAUCACUUGAUAACGAAGAUAUAGAUGCACAAACAUUCGUAGAAUGGGAUGUUGACUAUUUAAAGUAUGAUAAUUGUAACGAUCAAGGAAGACCUGAACAACAACGUUAUCAAGCAAUGGCAAAUGCACUUAAGUCGGCAACUACAGGCAAAAAUAAGACUAUUUUCUAUAACAUGUGUGAAUGGGGAACAAGUAAUCCUUGGUUAUGGGGACCUGAUUCGCAAGUAAGACUUACGGAAUAUGGAGGGCCAGGUGGUUGGAAUGAUCCCGAUAUGCUUGUAGUGGGUUUUGAUGGAAUACCUUUUGAUGAACAAAUAACACAUUAUGCAUUUUGGUCCGCUCUGAAAGCCCCUUUAAUACUUGGAUGUGAUCUUACUAAGGUUAAUAAUAUGUCAAAAGCAUUAAUAUUAAAUAAAGAUAUAAUUUCUGUAAAUCAAGAUCCUCUUGGAUUGUCUAUAUGCCAAGUUUAUUAUAAAACUGAUAAUAAAAUUUCCUUUGAUAUUUGGACUGGACCACUUAUUGAUGGAUAUGUUGCAAUUUUGUUUAAUCGUGGAAUAGAUCCAAUAAAUAUCACAUUAGAUUUUAAAAAUCAUUGCCACCUUACAGGUACUAUUGAGGUUUAUGAUCUUGUAAAACAACAAUCUAGCGGAUACUAUACAAAUAGUUAUACUGCAAUAGAUAUUCCAAAACAUGGCGUAGAAUUUGUAAAACUUAUUGGUGGAAAUAUUACUGACACUAAACGUCCAUGCCUUAAUAAUUCGUAA